ACCGUCAUGUGGGGCCCACAUCACACCGUAUCUUGAGGUCGGUUGCUCGCCCGCUCCGCCGCCGCCGCACCCGCCGCUAGCCUCCUUCCACCCAAAAAUGUCGGCGAUGACGGCGACGCAGCUUACGCUCACGGCCCUCCCGUUAUCCCAGUCGCCUUCGCCACAUUCCAGCCUCCGACUCCGCCUCUCGCCGGCGGCGAGGACCCGCGUUCUCGCCCCGCGGGCGUCAGCAUCGGCGACAGCUGUCUCUGCUAAACCGGCAGCGGCGGUGGCUCCCCUGGUUGCGGACCGCACCGUCGUCCGUAUCGGGCUCCCCAGCAAGGGGCGGAUGGCCGAGCAAACCCUAAGCCUCCUCAAGAGUUGCCAAUUGUCGGUAAGGCAGCUCAACCCGCGGCAAUACACUGCGGAUAUCCCGCUGAUUCCAAACUUGGAGGUUUGGUUUCAAAGGCCUAAAGAUAUUGUUCGUAAACUGCAGUCAGGGGAUCUUGAUCUUGGUAUUGUGGGUUUUGACAUGGUCAGUGAGUACGGGAAGGGAAAUGCUGAUUUAGUAGUUGUUCAUGAUGCUCUUGAGUUUGGACACUGUCGGUUGUCCCUUGCGGUACCUAAGGAAGGCAUUUUUGAAAACAUAAAUACUCUGGAGGAUUUGGCAAAGAUGCCUGAAUGGACAGAAGAAAGACCACUGCGUGUUGUUACAGGAUUUGGAUAUAUAGGCGCUAAGUUCUUGGAAGAGAAUGGUUUUAAGCAUGUUCACUUUUUAUCUGCUGAUGGAGCCCUUGAGUCAUAUCCUCCUAUGGGUAUGGCUGAUGCUAUCGUGGAUCUUGUGAGUAGCGGAACGACCUUGCGUGAGAAUAAUUUGAAGGAAAUUGAAGGUGGAGUAGUUUUGGAAAGCCAGGCCACUCUUGUAGCAAGUAGGAGGUCUCUUCACAAACGUAAAGGUGUGUUGGAGAUUACUCAUGAGUUGCUUGAAAGAUUAGAGGCUCACCUCACAGCGACUGCGGAGCUGAUGGUCACAGCAAACAUGAGGGGCAAUAGUGCAGAAGAAGUGGGAGAGAGAGUUCUUAGCCAAACAUCAAUAUGUGGAUUACAGGGCCCGACUAUAAGUCCCGUCUAUUGCAGACGUGAUGGCAAAGUUGCUGUGGAAUACUAUGCUAUUAAUGUAGUUGUUCCACAAAAGUUGCUUUACAAGUCUAUUCAGCAACUGAGAUCUAUUGGUGGCAGCGGAGUCUUGGUAACAAAGCUGACUUACAUAUUUGACGAGGAGACACCAAGGUGGCGCAAUCUUCUCUUGGAGCUGGGGUUGUAACAUGGUGGAAGAAGUGAGCUAUCAUGUGGGACGUCUGUCAUGUACCGCUUCAAGAAGUUUUGGUCUGUACCGUCGUGUUUUGUGCUCAGCUGUUUAUACUCUAGGCAUCUGUUGGACCAUCCGCUGAUGUACUUGUUGAUACAGUUGGGGGAACCGUGUUGUUGGGUGUGUGUGUUUGUUGUGCCUGACCUCGCCUGCUGCGGUGCUGAAAUAAAGAAAGCCGGUCAGGUUCGUCUCCUCCCUUGAUCCCACCUGCUACAACAUUCGUGUCCACCUGCCUGUCGUCGGAGUAUAUGAUGCAUGCCAUCCGUGGGCGGGCACACCUGGGAAAGGGUGUACAAAUGUACAUUUAAUUUUUUCACAAAACGUGGACUAUAUACGUUGUUUAUAUCAUUAGUUAUUAAAAUUUAAUAAUUA